GAAGCAUUUUCCAGAGUCGCCGACAUGACCGAGACAGCACCCGCCGAAACGGCUCCUCCAGCCGCACCCGCCGCCGCAAAGAAGACUCCCAAGAAGAAGGCGGCCGGCCGGAGCAAACCAGCCGGUCCCAAACUGGGCGAACAAAUCGAUAAGAUUGUGGCGGAUUGUCGCGAUAGGAAGGGGAUGUCCGCUGUGGCCAUCAUGAAGGCUCUGACCAGCAGCGGUGUCGAUGUGGGGAAACGUCGCGCCCAGAUCAGGAUGUGCAUCAAGAAGAGAGUGGAAAGCGGCUCCUUGGUUCAGACCAAGGGCGCGGGUCUUUCGGGAUCCUUUAAAUCCGGUCAAGGAAAAAGCUCCGUGAAAGCGGUGAAGAAAGGGAACAAGCCAUCGGUAAAGAAAUCCGCCAUCAAGAAAUCUCCCAGCAAGAAGUCUGGCGCCAAGAACCCAGCGGCUAAGAAAGCGGCAACUAAGAAACCAGCGGCUAAAAAACUAGCAACUAAGAAACCAGCGGCUAAAAAACUAGCAACUAAGAAACCAGCAGCUAAAAAACUAGCAACUAAGAAACCAGCGGCUAAAAAGGCGACAGCGAAGAAACCAGCGGCGUCGAAGCCAAAGAGCCCCAAGAAACUCGCAGCCCCGAAGAAGGCGGCGGCCAAGAAGACAGCAGGCAAAAAGUGAAUUCAGAUAUACCGUUUGUAAGUGUUUGAACCCAACGGCUCUUCUCAGAGCCACCCACAUCUCAGAAAAGAGCUGAUCAUGAAUUUUGUAAUUCCCGCUGCGGGUCCGACUGAGUUUUGCGGGGGAACUUCUCGCAUAAAACCCGAUAUUCCCGGUACCUCUCUGACAUUCAGAGCGGCCGUGACGUCCCAGAUUUGAAGUGAAACACUGUGUUUCACUCGGGCUGUGUGUGAGUGAGAGAGAGUGAGACCGGUGGAGUGGUCUGCAGGCCCAGUUCCUUCUCCCGCUCCAGGAGGGCGUGACUGAGAUUCCGCACCUCGCAUCCCAAGGCCCGAUUCAGCUGAGUUGAUUGGGAACUGCUGAAUCCUAUGUGAGAGGGGAGGGGGCGUCUUGAGAGAGGGAUCUGUCUCUGAGGAUGGACUUCAGGGGGAAGAUAUAUGAUAAACUACCCGGCGACUUUGCCAACUGACCUUCAAUCAGGUACCAGCUACAAAAGUUUAUUUACAUAACAUUUACAAGAA